GUAGAGGAAGGCGAAGAGGGUCUUUUGGUCGGGAUCGGGAGGGCAGACGUAGGGGCGCUGGCGGAGCGGAGGGCGGCGACGCGCUCGCGACCGGGGUGGCCGGGGAUGGAGGGACGGUUGGUGAUGCCAAUGGUAAGGCCGGCGGAGGCGAGGAGGAAGGAGGAGGAGCAGUGGAGGAUGAGAUUCCGUCACUCUCACCGUUCGACACCGUCGUUAACCCAACGUUUGGGAAGACUUUUUUUAAAUAUCCUUCAACGUGUCGUAAUCUUGCAAGCAAACCGGCAACGGAUGAUGGAUAUUUGCUUUCAAGAUAGUUUUCCAACGGUCAUUUUUAUUCGUAUAUCAACAUUUUUUUAACGGUAAUAGAUGAUGGAUGUUUGGUUCUUGAGCACCAAGAGACGACCUCCCAAAGAUUUCGCGGAUGGAGGUGGGCUGCCUUCUUCUCUUUCGAACCCUCUCCUCUCCUCUCAUUCGCCCUCCUCUCCGUCGCCAUUCCUGGCCAGUCCCGUCCUCGCCUCUCCUUAGAGCCUCCUCUUCCCCUCCUCCUCUUCCCUCUCCUCCCUCGGCUUAUCCUCAGGGGGCUUACAGAGGCCCGAAACCCCGGCGGGAUUUGGUAGGCGACUGGGUCUCCAACAACGAUGGGUUCGUCCGGAGCUUGCCCAUCUUCGUGGGCGGCCUCUCCUUGCUCGCUGUCCUCCUUAACCGCGCCUUCUCCGGCAUCGCCCCCGUCACCGAUGCUUCCAGUUCACAGUCAAGGGCGGACAUAUUAACCCUUGCUUUGGCAGUAACUAACCUUCUUUCUGGCCUUGUAUGGCUGUCAAUUCGCCCAAAAUAUAUUUCUCCUGUUGUUCCUCAAGGUGUAGAUUGCAAGAGGAUAAAUUCUAAAAUUGCAAAUUAUGCAGUUCUUGAGUUGCUAUGGGCAUGGGAAUCUCUUUCAGCUACGACAUGUUGUAGGUCAUUAGUUGUUGUGCAUGGAGGCUUCUGCCUUCUUCAAAUUGGAGUUGCAGCUGAAUCUCUAACAGAAGUUGGUGAAGCAGUGGCUGUUGAUGUACAUAAAUUGAUUCAAAGCUCAGUUUAUAGAAAUGUCGCCGAAUCUGGAAAACGUAGAGAGCUAUUUGGCAAACCUAUCUCUCUAUCCUGCAAAGUCCGAGCUUCCCUUCUUACCUACUACUACACAGUUGAUAUUUUCCAGGCCGUUAUCUUGCAGCCACUAGGGAAUAGUGGAAUUGCUAUCAUUGGUGGGGACACUAUCAGGGGCUUUACCGACCUUGAUCAGGCAUGGAUUACGUUAAUUGCGGAGAAGCUAGAUGUGACAUUGUCAAAGUCUCAGGACAAUUGAACCACUGCUGCAGAGGAACCCCUGUGCACCACCUAUUUGCAAAUGAGUGCUGCCUCCCAGCACCACUGUAUUCCUCACUCAGCGCAGGGGAUUAUGUCGAUGAUAACGAGAUCACCUACCAGUUCAUUAAUCACUGUGCAUGGGGGCUGGAGCAGGGACUGGAGUGGUAUGGUGAAAUUUUUUACAUUUGAAAACUGCAACCUAUUCAGGCACCCGCAUGCAUCUGCCUCAUUCUUUAUUAAAAGUAACUUAAGCUUUACAUAAGAAUUUAUCCUGACACUUUAUUCAAAAUUCGAGUCUUGUGAUAUUCUACAUAGUAUCACCAUUAAAUUUGGCCAUUCGUGUCAAGAAAACAAAUCCAUCAGGCUACAGUUUUUGAGAAUGUCCUCUUUCAUGUUUUUGCCCACAUUGUUUUUAUUUUUUGCUCUAUAUCAUGUCAUUCAGGCUGCUAGAA